UAUCUAGAUUUUAAGUUUUAAUAUAUAUCUGCAGAGAAGUGGAGCGAAAACUUAUGGACAAUUUACAAUUAUAGAUGAGCGGAGCGAUAUUAUUUAUGAAAUAAAUGAGAAAAUUGUAGAUUCAACUUGAAAAUCGAAACGACUGAGUGAACACGGAGUUUUAUUGAUGGAUUCUUGUGCUGCUUAUAAAAUAUAUCAUAUACGGGGUUUGUGUGAUAUAAGGGAUGUCAAUUGCGUGUAGUGAUAAAGAUUUCUUUUCUUAUUUUUGCUGAAUGAAUUUUUAUAGCAAAUCUUUUCGUCCGUGGAUUUAACAACAGACUAUUCUUUCAUGUAAAUUUUCUGCUCGAUGCGUUUUUGAAACGGUCUCUGACUUCUUCUUGUGAAAGGGAGGCAUAGCAAGUAAAAUUACGGCUGCAUAAAAUUAAAAUAUUUUAACAUUAAUAAUUUCACAAAUAUUUCGAUGUAUAUGUAAACCGCGUUAAAGGUUAAUAAUUUUAGAUGUAAUUAUUCAGUGUCGUUAAAUCCAAUGCAUAUGGUGAAAUAAAUGCGUGGUAUUUUGAUUGAAAUUUAGCCUUGUUGCUUUUUAAACAUCUUAAAGUUCAAAGUAGUUACAAAGGUUAACUUUACACAAGAAGGUGCGAGCGCGAUACAUCGCUUAAGUGAAAUUUGACUCCUUACAAAAAUGUCGCGAAACCAGCAAUCUGCCGAUUAAAAUCUGGAAUAAGUAGGUAUUCUGUGUUAUUAUGGCGGAUUAUUUUCAUUGAUUAUCUAUAUCGAUUAGCAAAAUAGUGAUUGGAAUUAAUUAAAACAUGUCAUCAUUAGUAGUGAAUGGGGGAAUCCCUCAAUUGAACGUUUCUAGUAGUUCACAGUGGAUGGAAAUUCAAAGAAAUACUUUUAAGAAUUGGGUAAAUGAGCAAUUAAAAAGUGGAGGUCAAUCUAUCUUUGAUUUAAGGACGGAUUUUGCCGAUGGUGUCCUUCUUGUGGCUUUGAUUGAGAUAUUACAGAGACGAAAAUUACCCGGGGCUGUUAGAAAUCCCGCCCAUAACCACGAGAAGCUACACAAUAUCACACUUGCCUUAGAUGCCAUUGCUAAAGACAAUGUCACUCUUAUAAAUAUAGACAGUAGCCACAUUACUGAAGGAAACACAAAACUUAUUUUAGCGUUACUAUGGCAACUGGUGUUACGUUACCAAAUAGGAUUAUCCAACUUUCAGAACAGAAGCUGGCUAUUGGCUUGGCUACAAGCUGUAAUUCCAGAAUGUCACGUGACAAACCUGACGUCAGACUGGAACUCUGGAAUAGCAUUACACGCUUUAUUAGAAUUUUGCAAGACAGGUUUGAGUCCUGACUGGAAGCACCUGAACCCAUUAGAUAGAGUAAACAAUUGUAGAGACGCCAUGAAACUUGCUCGACAGCAUUUCGGAAUACCUCUGGUUUUACGACCAGAAGAUCUUGCCAAUAGUAAUUUAGAUGAACUUUCUGCCAUCACAUAUUUGUCAUAUUUCACAAAGGUCGGAGCGCCUGGAUACAACGCAACUCUUCAACGAAUACAACCAUUGGUCAAGAAUUACCCUGUGUUCAAUUUUACGACUGACUGGAAGGACGGUCGGGUUUUAUGCGAACUUGUACAUAUAUUCGGCGGUUCUAUACCUUCAUGGCCAGAGCUAAAAGAAUCCAAUAUAGAACGAUUGAAUGAAGGCAUCGAUGGAGCCACGGCCAUUGGCGUACAUCCACUUUUGAGUGCGGCAAAUAUUGCCGAAGAGACUUCGGAACAUCUCGGUAUAAUGGCAUAUGCCGCACGGUUCCUUCAUUUCACGCCAGGAGUCAUAUCGUACGAACAUACAUACAGGGACACGAAGAUUGUGCCACUGGAUGAAAGUAGGACCAGCACAUUACAUAGCUCCACCCACUUAAUAAAUGGUAACAGGAGUAGGGCAUCUUCACCGUUAUCCUCGGCUUCUACUAUAAACGAAUCUCAGCAGCAACUUGAGUACACGUUAGUACGUACACCGUCUCUACGUCGUAAACAUCGUCAACGUAUAGGUCCUACAGAAGGCGUUAAGAAAGACACGUACUCUGAUGGCGUCAUUAUAUAUGCAACGUCACAUGAGACGGUAACUCCCGACGAUAUCCGACUUGAAGCCGAGUCCCCGACAGGUCGGCUUAUCAAGAUGAACGGCGACGGGAUGUAUCAUGCACAGUUCGGCUCAGAUGAGAUAGGAACAUGGCAGGUCAGACUAUACAUUAAUGAGUCACUGGUUGACAACUGUAAUAUAGACGUGUGUGACCCUUCACAAGUUAAAGUCUCAGGUCUCCGUGCAGGAAUGGCGGGAAAUCCACAUAAAUUCUCGAUUGACUGCACGAAUGCCGGUCGAGGUAAGCUGGAAGUUCUUGUUGAAAAGGAAGGAAGAAAUGUGCUAUGUAAUUUGAGAGAAACACAUACAGACGUGUAUGCGGCCAGUUUUAACCCAGUGGUAGCAGGACAUUACAAGAUAGCACUGGCGUACAAUAAAGCUGAAAUUAGGGGAAUUGUGAAUUUCUCAGACAUUGAAGGAAAUGAUGGCCCCUCACAGGAAGAACUUCAUAGAAGAGCCAUAUUCUCUACAGCAAUGCAGCAACAACGUGACCACUACAAGAUAACAGCCGCAUGUGACUGGCAAAUAGAUUAUAUGACUGGAGGUCCUAUAGAUAUGUAUAUAGGUGAUACAGCUGAUGUCCGUGUUUACAGUAUGCAAGACGGAACUGUCUGUAACAUUCCACAUCUUAUAGCUGAUAUUUCGAACUCGUCACCAGGUGGUACUCUCAAAGCCGAGGUGCAGUAUGGUCGUCAUCGAUUCCCUGCUGAUGUAAUUGAGACAGAUCAACCAGACAUAUACAAGAUUGUGUUCACUCCAAAAGGUCCAGGUACCUAUAACGUGUGGAUCAUUUAUGAUGGUCACCUCGCCAAAGGCUCGCCCUUUAUACAAGAGAUUGCGGAGCUUACAUCGCCUACAGCAGAGGGACCCGGGUUGAUUAAAGGUGUGGUCGCAGAGCAGAGUGAAUUUACAAUAGACGCUCGAGGAUUUCCAGGGGACGUGACAAUUGAUGUAGAGGGUCCCCAUCAUCCUAUUAACAGUAGAGUAGACACGAAUCCUGACAACACACACAAAGUUACUUAUGUACCUGAAGAAGUUGGUAUACAUAGAGUACGUAUAAAGCUAGACGGAAAAGACAUUACAGGAAGCCCGUUCCAUCCAAAGAUUGUAGAUCCCACUCGAUGCCACUUGUCUGGUGAGAUGCAGCCGUACCUAGAACGUGGUGAGAGAAUCCCUCUAAUGGUUAACAAGGAGAAACAUCUACCUUUCGACGCUUCUCGUGCUGGACCAGGUGAGUUGACGGCAAAUGUUCACGGUCCUAGUGAGAAGGUUCCUGUAACUAUAGAUGCACGAGGCGAUGGCAAACAUACUCUUAUAUUUACACCAAAGGAAGAAGGUAAACACUACAUCGAUGUGUUCUGGGGUGGUUUUGCUCUUCCAAGAUCUCCAUAUUUGGGCUACGCAACCCCGUACCAGCAAGAUCCUGAACCCUUUGUACAUAUUAGACCCACGUCACCCGUCCAUGUUAGGACUGAGCCAGUAACACGUAAUGACUCAUAUCGACGGUCUGAACCUCCUAGUGGGUACUGGGUUCGAGCCGACAACAGACCGAAUUCACCUGAUAAUGGACCUCAUAAAGUAUACAUUCUGGCACCAACUAAAUCAGAACCGUCAGUUCCUAAGGCGACGACUAUACCACCUACACGUAUACGCGUACACAGACAUGGCUCGGAUAUUUCACCUAUAAACAAACAAAGAUACUUGCAGCCAAAACGUACCGGAAGUAUAUAUUCCGGCAGCUCAGUGUCUGCUAAAUCUGAACCAAAGAGGAAAAAAGAACCAGAUGUUAUGAUAACCCGUCUACCCCGAGUUACACCCACCUAUCAUUAUGAGCCGGCUAGCAUGCCGGAUUUAUAUGUUUACCAAACAAGUCCCCAAAGCUCAUCACCACCGUCGGUAUCACCGUCUUAUAUCUAUGCUAAACCGCAGAAAUCACCACCCGAUAAUAAAGGUCCUAACCCUAAGGUGGUUCUUCGAGGGAAAGGUUUGAAAGAAGCAGAGUUGGACAAACCUGCAACAUUUACAAUAGAUGGUCGGCAAGCUGGCCCAGGUGAACCGGAAGUACGUGUUCACAGCAUCCGGUCAGAACCGCCUGUACAGAUCAAACCAACAGGACCGAAACAGUACCAAUGUACAUAUACACCGAAAGUACCUGGGGCCUACCUGCUAGAUAUCAAAUGGAAUGGAAAACCAUUGAAAUGUUGUCCUUUUAAAAUCGACGUGAAGAACCCCGUUUAUCCAGAGAAAGUGGGUGUGACAGGAGACAUAAAAACAGGGGUGUUGGGAAAAGAUAUAGAUCUAAAAAUAGAUCCACGUGAAGCCGGACAGGGUGAAUUAACUAUUGAUUGUAAAGACCCUGACGGUCUAGAUGUUCCUGUUCACCUAACAGACAAUUUCGACGGCACAUACCGGCUAAAAGUAAAACCGGAAAAGCUUGGAAAACAUAUUCUAAGCAUUAGACUAAAUAAACAUCACGUUUUUGGAAGCCCAUUUGCAAUCGAGAUACACCCGACUGCAAAACAUGGUAAAGUUAAAGUAUGGGGACCAGGUUUGGAAAAUGGUGUGUUUCCAGAGUACCAAGGUCAUUUUUUCGUAGAUGCGACCGGUGCAGGGGGAGGUGAACUUCACGUGAGCGUUAUGGGACUUAAAGGAGCUUUCCAUGUUGAAAUGAAGAGGGCAAGCCAAAAAGACAAAUUGUUUAAUUGCUUGUACCACCCAGUCGAACCAGGAAUGUACACAAUAAACGUGCAAUGGUCUGGUGAACAUGUUAACGGAAGUCCAUUCAAGGUGCUUGUUGCCAAUAGUGAGAUGGAAUUAGUUGACUAUGAAAGCAAGAUAGAAAGGUCGAGGGACUCGUCAUCAAGAAGCUCUGGAAAGCUCUCCCCAUUAAAUACUACUCAUAACAGCAUUAUGUACUGACGUCAUAGCACGUAAUAGCACACGUCAUAACACACGUCAUCCUGCUGCAUCUAAUUUCGAUAAAGGCAACGUAGAAUCGUGUUCAAAUACAACCGCCAAAAUUUCAUAAAUAUGGCGAUGCAACUGGCAAUACUCAACAUGGGUUAAAAUGUGUAUAACCAGUCAUAUAAAGUAUACAACACUAUUCAAGUAGAUUAGAAAUAUGAUAGAAAUAACAUACACGCAUCUCGUGUGAACAAGGGGUAAUUCAUAGUUUACUUAAGUUCAUUUAUCGCUUCAGUAUAUGCUUAACAUAUGAUAUUAAAUAUAAGAGGUACAUGUGGAAUUAAGUGAAUGGUCAAGGAGCACAGUCAAUUACAAAUGAAGAGAAGAUUAUCUACAAACAGCAAGAUAAAUUAACAACAGCGCUCUAAAUUUAAAGGAUGUCAUA